AUGCCUUUCGUCCCCGUUGACUCUAUCGACCCGCAGCGACUCAAAAUCGCCAGAGAAACACUAUGUAGUGUCUUCAACAUCCCCUCCCUUCACCCAUUUCAAGAGAAGGUCGGCCUGAACGUGCUUCAAGGCAAGCAUACCAUGCUGGAUGUCCCCACAGGAGGAGGCAAAACCCUCGCAUUUUGGUUCGCCCUCUUCUACUACUGGCAGCCUGGGUGCACAGACGAAGCCUCCAACAAGAUAGUCCUUGUUAUUGGGCCGCUAGUCGCGCUUCUAGAGGCCCAAGCCCAGCUGCUCAAUUCCAAAGGCAUUCCAGCCAUAGCUGUUACCUCAAACACUCCAGACCUUGAGCAGGCAUUAACUACCAAGAAACUGGGACAAAAUCAGUAUCGCGUUGGUUUUCUCGGGCCAGAGAUGGGUCUCACGCCGCUAUUCCACGAGAAAGUGCUAAACAGCAUACCAUUCACAAAGAAUAUAAUCAACCUUAUUAUCGACGAGGUACACUGCAUUUCCGAGUGGGGGACCAACGACUUUCGCCCAGAGUACCGCAAGAUUGUUGAGCUUGCGGCGCGACUGCCUCCCGGGACCCCGAUUACAGGAGCAACAGCCACGGCACCUGACGAAGUUAUGCGCGACAUCUUGGAUGUCCUGGGACUUCCCGCGGAUACUGCCAAAGUGCAGGUGUCGAACGCGAAACCAAAUGUGUCGCUUGCAGUGCAGCAACUGCAGAAUGAGCCGGACUCAUUUGCCGACUUGUUGCUGCUCUUUCCCAAUAGCAUCAAGGCCCCCGAAGAGUUUCCACAAACUCUAAUCUAUGUAAAUGACCGUCAGACUGCCGAAAAAAUCCAGGAUUUCCUUCGAGACCACGCACCAUCGUGUUUUGAUCCCAAGAAAGCAUUCGAAUUUUAUCACCGACAUGUUCAUGAAGAUCGGAAGGUCGACAUCCAAACGCGAAUUGCCAGCGGCGAGCUGCGCGCUGUCUCAGCAACAGAUGCAUUAGGCCUCGGAAUGGACUUUCGCAGCAUCGAGCGCGUCAUCCUGUGGAUGAAGCCCCGCACCUUUCUCUCUACAGUCCAAAAAAUCGGUCGUUGUGCUCGAGAUUUCACCAAACGUGGCGAGGCGGUCUUGUAUAUCACCAAGAACAUGAGGACGCGUUGUUAUGCCGAGUCGGAAAGCUUACGCGAGGAUGUCGAGACUGGAAAUGAAGGGUCGGAAGGGUCGGAAGAUGAAGGGGAAGAGGUAGGGCACGAUCGGGAGUUGGCGUUGGAGGAAAUGGACCAGCAAGAGGGAGAGAAUACCGAGGAGAGAGUGGACCGGCCGUCUUUCCAGCAACGCGUGUCUAAAAAGAAGAAGCAGUCAGAGAUUCAAUUGCGAGAUGAACGAUUUCUGCUCGAGUUCAUCGUGACAGAAGCAUGCCGUCGCCGAGUCUGGGACCGAUUCUUUGGGAACGAAAGCAAAGGUAAGCUUGCGCUAGGUGUCGCGAAGUAA